UGGCAAAGGCGCUAAUUCAUUUCGGGUUCCAUAGAUUUUUGCCAAUAAAGAAAGAAGGCGGAAACCUGAACAGAACUAGAAGUAGUUGUUGGAGUGAUUGGUCGUUGAACAAAAUUAAAUGUUGUCAUCAUCGUUUGUUUAGGUGAGAUGGUGAUGGCACCAACCUAUCCACCAAACCCCCACUUUCCUCAACAGCAGAUGGUGCAAAUCCUACAUUUCAAUGCAAACCCAAAUGGGUCAUUAAGGUCCCCCUCCUUUCUUAUGUCUCAGAAGCUUAUCUUCAUUCUUCUUGGUUCUCUUCAGAUUUGAUUUAAAACCUAGCAAUCCUAUUUUUAAGCUCUCCAUGGCUGAGCUAGAAGCAGAAAAUGUAUCCCCAAUCCAACUAACCUCUCCAGACCGAGGUAAAGCCAAGUGGACACCACCGCGAGAUGAUUAUCUUGUUGAACUGAUGAUUGAUCAACUACCAUUUGGGUGGAAAAAGAAAGAAAAUGGAUUCACAAAACAAUCAUGGCAGUCCAUGACAAUUCGUUUCAACAGGAAAUUCGGUCUCCAAUUUGAGAAAUCACAACUGAGAAACCGCUAUACCAACUUACGAAGGAUUUACUUCAUUAUCAAAUCACUUCUUAGUCAGAAUGACUUUGGUUGGGAUGAAGCUCAACAGACUAUUAUAGCUACAGAUGAAGUUUGGGAUCGUUAUAUCCUGGAUCACCCUGAUGUGGAGUCAUAUAGGUUUAAGAGCUUCCCAUUGUUCAAGAAGUUGGCCUUAAUUUUUGAAGGCACAAAAGGAAAAGAGGUAUCAAAAGAGGCAAAUGACAACACUGCAUUAUCACUUUUUCCAUGUAUUUCUACUUCGCUACAUACUCCAGAACCUGAUGCAACACAGGAACAAUCCAAGUCAAGUUCAGAUAUGAUGUCCCCACAAAGAGACACACAGCCAAAGAAGCGUAAGUUUGUCAAGGACACAACGUCAAGACAUAAAAAAUCACGGAAUGCUGAAUUGAUGAUUGCACAAGCUAUUUCAGGAAUGGCAUUGAACUCCAAACUUAAUGCAGAGCAAGUAAUCAGUUCCAGGUUGUAUUCAUAUGACAAGUGCUUGGAAGAAUUACAAGAAUUAGAAGGUUUGGAUGAUUCAGUAUUUGUAAAGGCGGUUAGACUUUUGAGAGAUGAAAAAAAUGCUAUUGCUUUUAUGACACUGAAAGGCCCUCGACGAUUGUUCUGGCUAAAGACAGAAUGUCAGGCAGAGGUGCCUUUGCUAUAGAAAUGUAGAGUUGAUGUGUUUGUUCUCAUGCUUGUCAAAUUUAGAAGACAAUGGCCCUAAAUCAUGAAUGAAUGUAUAAUUGCAU